AGCCUUGAAAAAGACACCUAGCCAACUGGAUAGAUUGAAUGUAUGCAACUGGGAGCCAUUGGGAUACAUACUACUCUUUUUCCUCACAACCUCCCGGUGAAGUAAAAUUGUUUUGAGACUGAGGUUCGAGCCAAUAUGAAAGUGGCUCUUCAAACCACCAUCUGCUUGUGUGUUCUAGCCACAAUUUUACCUCUGGUGAAAGGCACCAAAGUUGGCCUCAACUCCAACUUGAAAAAGAGAUUUAGAGGCUGGCUACCGAGUCGCUUGAGAGCAGCUCUCCACAGCAGCUCUGCCUUAGACUCAGGGAUCCUCAGUGGACCAGGGAAGAGAGAGGAGAUUGUAUUUAAUUCCAGGUCCAGAAGAUCCAUUGUGACCUCAGUGAAAAGACCUGGCUGUUCUCUGGGAACAUGCACCCUGCAAAACCUGGUCCAUCGGCUACACAUCCUCAACAACAGGUUAAAGGUCAACAGAGCCCCGGAGGAUAAGAUCAGCUCGCAGGGUUACGGUCGCCGCCGCCGCAGGUCUCCCACAGCUCUAUGUUUUGCUAACUCUCCAAGCGGGGAGAUUGAGAUUGGGCUGGAGCAGCGAGACCCGCUAAGGAAUCCAUCUGCAGGCCACCCUGUUCAGACAAACUUGAGUCAAGCAGAGAAGAGGAGUGUCAAUCUAGUGAAUGCCAGGUGCUUUUUUUUGGCUGGCUGAGAUACUGCUGAGGUCCUAUUCCUGACCAUUCCCUUCCUGUGUGGGGGAAAGGAUGGACAUAGUCAAUGGAGUAGGAAAUGAAUUUCAUGCCACUGUGGAUGAAAGAAAGCAGUGAAAGAGGGAAGCGAUAAGAAGUGUCUGGAUCUUUUCAGUCCAACAUUUCUAGUGUUAAUUUAUGGCCUGAAUUAACACUCAUUGGUGUAAAACACCAAGUGUCUGUUUUAAUAGCGAGUUAAACCAAAACCACACCCAUUAUUAUCAUAUUUCCUAGCAUGCUCUAUUGUAGGUUCGUUUUAAUUGUUUCAAUAGCUAUGUUUUUGCAUGUACAUUAAUUAAUAUUAUGCUUCUCUCAAAUAUAAAUAACAUUUUUUCUAAUCCAA